AUGUUUAAAAUGGGCCUGGGUAUUUUUAAUUGUAAUUUUGAAAAAUCAAUCUGCUAAUUGAGUGUCGGUGUGCAUCUGUGUGCAUGCAGCUGCCCCUUGAAGACCCUCCUUUGUGCCCCCCCACUCACCAUACCCCCAUUGUGUGUGUUCACGGGAGGGAGGGAGGUUUGGUGGAGGUGGCUCAUCGAGUGGAGGGGACACGUCUCACUAGAAGGUGGUCCGCUGCAAAGGAAGGAAGUUCCGACUCGCUCUCCAGCGGACCUUGUGAUUUUUUUUGGGGGGGGCGGGGGAGCCACUGUGACUAUUUUGCGGGGGUGACAGCAUAUACCUCUGCUGGCUACAAGAAAUUCCACUUCCCCAAAAACUGAGAACAAGGUUUUAGGAGGUCCUCCUGUGAGGUAAGCCUUUAGGAAAAGGUCCCCCCUUAAUCGAGUCUGCUCGCCAACGCCCAGGUCUGGAUGCAUGAGGCGGCUUCAUGGGCCUGAGGGACCAUGAGGAAAAUGGAACAGGCCACAUCCUCAGCCCAGGGCUGGCUCUGGACUACCUCCACGUGGAUGGCCCCAAGGAUGGCGGGAAGGUUUUAUCCACAGCGGCGUCAGGUUCUGGAGGCUCUGGCCUUAGCGACAGCACCAAUAGCUUGGAUAGCAGCAGCGCUAGUUUCAGUAGCUUCUUCUCAGAGGAUAGCGGAGAAAGUGAGGAUGAGCGCCACCACAAUACUUGUAACCAGGUGGAAAUCCGGGACUCCCCGACUAGGCCAGACCGGACGGAGAACCCACAGACCACCAGUGACUGCCGUGCCAAAAUGGACUUCGCUCUGAAGCUGGGCUACUCAGAAGAACUGGUGUUAUUGGUGCUAAAGAAACUGGGCCCAGCCGCACUUAUUAACGACAUCCUAGGGGAACUGGUCAAACUGGGAACCAAGGCGGAACCGGUGGAGCCACCGAGAGGUACGGGAGAAUCUCAGUCUCCUUCAACAACUUCCAUAUACUCCUCGUCUUCCUCCUCGGUGGACUCAUGCCGCUCACUGUGUUCGUCCAAACUCCUGGAGGACAAAGACAACCUUCGGCCUGUCGUCGUGGACGGAAGUAACGUGGCCAUGAGUCAUGGCAACAAGGAGGUGUUCUCCUGUCAAGGCAUCCAGCUGGCGGUUGAUUGGUUCUUGGAGCGAGGCCACAGUGACAUCACAGUUUUUGUCCCCGCCUGGAGGAAGGAGCAAUCCCGUCCUGAUGCUCUCAUCACAGAUCAGGAAGUCCUGCGGCAACUGGAGAAACACAAGAUCUUGGUUUUCACGCCGUCCCGCCGUGUGCAGGGACGGCGGGUGGUCUGCUACGACGACCGCUUCAUCGUCAAGCUGGCGUACGAGUCGGAUGGCGUCAUCGUCUCCAACGACAAUUACCGCGACCUCGCCAAUGAGAAGCCCGAGUGGAAGAGGUUCAUUGACGAGCGCUUGCUGAUGUACUCCUUUGUCAACGACAAAUUCAUGCCACCAGACGACCCACUCGGCCGCCACGGACCCAGCUUGGAGAACUUCCUUAGGAAGCGAGCGCUCGUUCCGGAACACAGGAAGCAGCCUUGUCCUUACGGUAAGAAGUGCACCUACGGUCACAAGUGCAAGUUUUACCACCCAGAACGGGGCACUCAGCCUCAGCGCUCAGUAGCUGACGAGCUCCGGGCCAGUGCCAAAAUGUCCUCUGCAGCAUCCAAAGGCCACAAGGAAGAAACGACAGCCAGGUACCAAAUAUUGUCCAAGUUCGGCCAGGAAACCCCAAAGAAAACAUCAAGGUCCCUCACCGAGCUCCUGGAGGACCGUCUCAGAGUGCAGUCCAAAGUAGGAGGAGGCACGGGAAGUGGUGGGAGUGACCUUGGGCAUCCCAUACCAGGGAGGAUGCCUUUCUCAGGACAUCCGGAUGGAAGGGAUUAUUCCGGCUCCAAAGUCCUGAGACAAAGUUGUUACCGAUCCGAGUCUGCGGGCUUGGGCUACAACUCCCAAGUAAAGACUUUGCCCCUACUGAGCCUUCCCACUCCAGGGAGUCCCGAGCGCUUCUACCUGGCGGAUCCCCGGGCUAGGCAUCUACCAUCCGACUGUAGCAGUCAAGGCAGCUCCGAGUCCUUCUUCCCAGACCUGAUUUUGGAUGGUAGUGCCGUGUGCCCCCACCACCAUCAUCAUCAUCCUCACCAUUGCUCCAACCGGUAUAGUAGACCCAUAAACCGAACUCCACCUGGUCUCAGCCAGCACACUACACCAGGAGUUAAACAACUGGAUUUCAAUGUGGAAGAAAGUCCUUUCCAGUCCCUCUCCACUAACAUUGCACCAACUCAUCGGCCACUUUUGAGAAGCUACCCAGGAGCAUGUUUGGGUUCUACCCUUCAUCCAUCCCAAACAUCCACCUUUUCUCAGUGCUCCCUUCAGGCUAGUUCCCUUUGGCAGGAGGACCUACUCCAGGACUCAAGAGGCUAUCACCAAGCGUCACCAUUUCCUGACAGGCGGAAACAUCCUGAGAAACAACAAAUGCAAAGCAACUGGAACCAGCAGUACCAACAGCCCCCUCGACGUUGUUAUGAUCUCUUUCCCAUCCAGGAUACAGCUUCAAAGAAAAUCUGGUCCUCUUCAUGGACGAACAGACAUUCGUCACCAUGUGGUCUCGCACCCCCACCACAGACUACCCUUGUGUCCCCUCUCCAAACGAGACAGCAGUCUCUGCUCCGGUUGGAGUCCUCCCCCAUGGCUCAGUACCAGGAGCAGCGGGAGAGGGUGUUCCUGAACCUCUGUGGCAUUUUCCCGAACGAUUUGGUGAGGGUGGUGAUGAGCCGGAACCCAAGCGUGAUUGAUGCGCAGGAGCUGGCUGCUGCUAUAUUGUUGGAGAAAUCUCAGGAUAGUUCUUGAAUAACUUAGGAACCCCAAAGCUCCAAAUCCAAAGGGCUCCCAAAGUUGCAGUGGUUCGGAGUGUUCUCUGUACUUGACCAAAAUGGCAGUGUUUGUGCAUAUGUGAACAGCCAGACCACAAAGUCCUUAAUUUUAGGGCGAAGUUCUUGUUCACGGGCAGUUUCUAGUCAAGGGGCAACAUUUGUAUUUCUGUGUCAAAGUUUCUUGAUCGGUGGCAAAGUUUGAAUUCUGGGGCAUCAGUUCCAGUUUUGGGGCAAAAUUUCUAGUUCUUGGACACAGCAAAAACACCUGCCAUAUGAGUGCUAUUUCUAGUCGUAAAUAUAAAUCCCUUAAUAUGCUAUACUAGCACUUAAAAUGGGAACUUCUGGAGUUUUGUAACAUUGUAGAGUCAAGUUUACAUUUUUAAUAAUAGGGUUUGUGAGUCCAGGCUUUUAAGGGUAACAGUGCAUUUUUAUGUUAUUUAUUCCUUAAAUGUUAAAUUAUUAUGAUUUGGGCACUUUUGGUUUUUGUGCUUUUUUUUUCUGGGCAAUCAUAUCAGGGUAUUACAACAGACAACGCAGCUAACCUCUUGACUGUGUGUGUGCAUCAUUUUUUUUAUCAGUGUGAAUUCCCCUCCACUCCUCCAAAAUGGAAGUGAAACUCAAGAGAAUACAUGCAGAAAACACACACACAUGCACACACAAAAUCCUCCCCUCAGUACUUCCUAUCCUUCCUCUACUGAUUUUCUAGCAUCAUUUUGCAGAAUUCUUUAUUCUGUAUAUUUAACCGAAAGCUUUGGGUUCAUUUAUGAACCAUUAUGUGGUUUUGGGAGGUCCUCAAAGGAGAUUUCCUAACUUGUAUUUCAAUCACAAAACUCAGGAAAUUUGGGGUCUUGGUAGUUUCCAUAAAGAGACGGUUCCAAUCCCUUUCCUGGACCCCUCCAAAGUACUAAAUGGUCUCUGUUUGGCAACUAAGUUUCAACAGUUUCUGCGGCAAAGGUUCCUCAUUUCGGAUCGAAGUUGCUUGCUCUGGUGCAAAUGUGUCAUUCCUGAGUAAUGCUCACAAUUCUGGAUCACAGUUUAAACAUUUUUAGAGCCGCGGCAAAGUUCCUGCUGCUGAAAAGCCAAAAUAGUUAUCAACUUGAAUGCUUAUUUAUUCAUUCUAAACUACUUUUUUUCCCCAUGUACACACCUUGAUCAAAAGCCACACUUGACGACACUUUUUGACAAAUUUGGCAUAGUCGUCUGCAUUCUAUUGGAUCGGCAAGCCAUUUCGGAUGAAUAUUUGUCAUUUUAUGGUAUUAAGAUUGCCAGUUAAGCUUUACCUUUGAUUUACGCUCUUGACAGUAUUUAAGUUCCCCCCCAACGCACUUCUAGCCGUCGUGCUGAGUUUAUAAUCAUUCUCAAAAAGAUUUGCCGCCGUAAACGUGGAUAAGCCGAUUCCUGGUUGGCGUAUGUUCCUGACUUUCUAUGUUGAUACAAAUUGUAUCCUAAUGGCGAUAUGGUCAUUUUUUUUAUCAAAAAAUAUAAAGUCUGUGUAUUUGUCACAAUAUGUGUCACUUUGAUUAUGUUUUACUUUCUUCACUCAGCAUUCCCAAUAACUUCUUUUUCCAUGUUGUUCUCCUUAGAAG